UUAAGGUAUAGAACUAUUCUGACUUUAGAUCUACAUCUAUACACUUAAUGUGAAUUGGAUAGUUCAGGUGAAGUGUAUUGCCCAAUGCUUUUAUGUCGUGAUACAAGGUAGGUCAUUGAACGCCAUCAAACUCUGAACAGAUGGCCUGAUUUUACCUGUAUUAUGCAUGCCUGUUAGGAGAUAGGUUAAUGUCUAGCUUAAUGGAGCUUCCUGGUCUCUAACCAUGCUAACCAACUCAGAGGAAGAUUUGCACAUUUGUCAUUAGGUUCAGUGUGAUGUGCCUAAACCAGAGAAGACCUUAACCAAGCACUUGACGAUCAGGAAUUCCAACGUUCCCGCCUGUGACCUGUGUAACCCCAAGUGCUCCUGAGCAAGGACCACUCAGUGAUUAACCCAGACCUUCUAGCCUCACACCUGUACACAUGUCCAAUAUGGCCCAGUCACCUGUUGACAAUGGUGAUACAACCUUCACAAGCUUUUCCAACCCUAACUACGGUCUUGAGGACAGACUCAACUCGAAUUACUCCAGCCAGCAAUACUGUGACAGUAACGUGUAUGAGGACUUGAAAUCUCCACUGUUGAUUCACACGGACAAUCUCGACAAUGUAGACAUUAAAGGGUCUGCGAAAACCCAACGGAAAAAAUAUGCAGAGCUAGAUCUGUCUUCCAUGGGUUUGACAUCCAGCCCUGACAGUGGUAGCAGUAGUGGUACCUCCACUAUACACUCGCCAGAUGAAGGCGAAAAUCUUCUGCCAGGUCCACCCCAGAAUAACCAAGGCAACUCAGCGCAGUAUCUGGAGUUCGAUGGCACAUACGCCACAGUCAGCAACUUUGGUUUUCCAAGUGAUGAUGUCUCAAACAAUACUGCUGCUUCAGAUGUCGCCCCAAAUUCUGAGGAUGCGGCCACAAAGUCGCGAGGGUUUCUGGGCUACUACUCGAUGCUGGAGGCCAAGGCGCGUGAAAUGUCGAGUGAUCUGAAGUCGCCGGAUGAGGAGUAUGUAGAGGCUGAUCAUGGAGAAACAACUCCCUCAAGUACAGCGUCAUCCAAACCUGAAAGGUUUGAUGACAACACAGAGAUAAAUUCACCUGACUCUAAUGACAGUGGUAUCCAAUCGGAUGCCCGUUCAGAUGACAGCGGGCCCGCCCACAUCCGAGCCCCAUCCAGUGAUGAUCUGUACGCUGUAGUCAGCAAGCCAAAGAAGAAACCAGAAGAGGACAGGACUCCUACAGAGGACUUCACAUGCACUGAUGACUUAUACUCUGUGGUCAACAAACCAAAGAAAAAAACACAACCAGACCCUUCUGCAGAAGAGGACUUCACAUGCACUGAUGACUUAUACUCUGUGGUCAACAAACCAAAGAAAAAAACACAUCCAGACCCUUCUGCCGAAGAGGACUUCACAUGCACUGAUGACUUAUACUCUGUGGUCAACAAACCAAAGAAAAAAACACAACCAGACCCUUUUGCCGAAGAGAUCUACUCAUCCAUAGAUGAUGUGUACGCUGUGGUCAGCAAGCCAAAGAAACAAAAUGGAGAAACAAACACACAUACAGAGACCCCAUGCCAGGACAGUGCCCCUCAUGAAGAAGCUGAGGCUCUACCCCCAGGAUGGGAGAAACAUCAAGAUGAGCAAGGUGCAUAUUUCUGGCACAUCAAGAGCGGGACAAUCCAGAGAGAGCCACCACAGCCUACCAGCGGAGCCUCGCAUCCUAAGGACACCAAGAGGUCUAUCUCCUCCAACAGUGACGAGAGUACAUUGUCUGUGACCAGUUCACCGCCCUCUUCCCCAACAAGCGUCUUGUCUGCCACAGAGGAGCACCUGACACAGUUUGAGGGCCACGCCCUGAAAUAUGUAGCCAGUUCUCUGAAAAACCUAACGUCCUCCAACACCAAUUCAGCUCCUGAGCCCACAGAGAAGGUAGAAGAGGCUCCCGGGGAGAAGCCCAUCCGGUUUGCGGUGCGCUCUCUGGGCUGGGUGCGGAUUGAUGAGGAUGACCUGACCCCAGAGAGGAGCAGCAAGGCCGUUAACAAGUGCAUUGUGGACCUGUCACUAGGCAGGAAUGACAUCAACGACGUCGUGGGAAGGUGGGGUGAUGGUAAGGAUCUCUUCAUGGACCUGGACACCAGCAGUCUGCGUCUGGUGGAUCCCCAGGAUUGCACCCUUCUCAAUUCGCAGCCUAUCCACUCUAUUCGUGUCUGGGGGGUGGGCAGAGACAACGGCAGGGAUUUUGCUUAUGUUGCACGAGACAAGUCCACAAGAAAGCAUAUGUGCCAUGUCUUCCGGUGUGAUACUCCAGCUCGUCAGAUCGCGAACACGUUACGGGACAUCUGUAAGAAGAUAAUGAUGGAGCGCAGCCUGCUGGAACAAGGGAGGUCACUCCAGCGCAUGACUCGUCCCACAGACCUGCCUAACCUGGAGAAGAAUGGACAACCCAAUGGACAGAAGCUGACCUUCCAAAACCUUUACAACAAUGCUCAGUUCCCCACCCCGAUGGAAGAGCCUAAGAAAGUGAUCCGGUGUCAUUACCUGGGCAUGCAUCAGGUAGACAAGGCCACAGGCAUGGAUACACUAAACAAUGCUAUUGAAAACCUCUAUAACAGAGUGCCCCCGGAAAAGUGGUUGUUUGCCAGUGUGGCAGUGGCACCAUCUACCAUAACAAUCAGCGAACACUCGAAUCCAGACAAUAAAGUUGAUGAGUGUCGAGUCCGCUUUCUGUCCUUUAUGGGGAUUGCCAUGAAGAACGUCAAACUGUGUGCAUUCAUCAUGCAUACGGCCCAGGACCAGUUCUUUGCCCAUGUGUUUCACUGCGAGCCCUCAGCUGGCCCCCUGUGCAAGACUAUAGAGGCUGCAUGUAAGCUGAGGUACCAGAAGUGUCUAGAUGCUCAUCCUCAGACACCUGACCAUAUCAAGAAACAACAAGGCAAGGUAAGCCAGGAACAGCCUGGGUUAGGAGCCACCCUGAAGGCUGAGGUGAAAGCCAAGAUGCAGAAUGUGGUUAGUUUACUGAGAGGAGGCGGACACAAGAACAAACAGACGGACACAACGGAGCAAUCUAACUCCGAGAGUCGAGAAGAUCUCAGCUGAUGUAAAACCAUAGGGACUUGGAGCGAGCAUCAAACAGGGCGUACAGACAGUGCUAGGAACCAUCACUAAAGCCCAGCCCAAGUGCACAUAGAGAGGCCACGCCCCCUCAACAGCCACAGCCUAUCAGCAUCAAGCAGGCUAGUCCUAGCCAAUCAGACAUCUGCAGCAUAAGUUAUGUACUAGCCAAUCAGUUUGCAAGCUCGGUGGAGCCUCUGCUGUUGUUGUAAUGCUUUGAUGUGGACCUGUGCUACACAUGUGAUGUAGUCGGCUACAGUUGUUAACCGCACAUACACAGCCUAUCAAGACUUUGUUCUCGCUUUAUUGUUCUUUAAAGUUUCCCAAUGUUCUCACAGAUUCAGGAGAUGUUUAACAAGGUCAAGAGGGUACAGGAUUAAUCUGUGAACAUAUCGUUGCAUUCCAGUGGGUUUUUGUAUUGUUACUAUGACUAUUCCAUUGUGAGCUGUUGUUGUGAACACAGAAAAAAUGCUGGCAAACUUGUGAAUGCGGUUUAAUUUACAAAGAAGGUGUACACUGUGUGUCUUUAAAUGUCAAUUUUUAUAAAUUAUUGAACAGUAAAUAACAAUAUUAUGUAGACUUGGUCCAGGCUGCCUGGAAUUUUUUUGGCCUAAAUUGACAUGCCCUAGAGAUAAUUAAAACCAGUCUCUUGUAGUGUAUUUGAAAAUCAUGGCAUUUGUAAGUCUUUAUCAUUUAUUAUUCCAUCAUCAAGAGACAUGUUUACUUAUGUACGGUAAGAAGGAUAUACAUUUCUUGUCUUGGUGAAUGUUUUAAGAUCAGAAAGUUUUUAUGCUUGUUACUGAUGUUUUAGAGAUGUCAUUUUAUUGAAGCCGUCGAAAAUGUAGUAGAGUUCACUACAUAUUUGUUAUUUAUAGUAUUACUGCAUAAAAAAAACAUUUACUGUGUCCUGCCAUAUGUUGAACCGUAGUUGAAUUUAUGUGUUUGAUAUUGAUGGGGAGAGAAAGUAGAUUUGAAACUAAUAAUCCUAUUUACAGAACUAAACUGCUUUGCAAAUCAAAUUCAGUGGAGCUUUUCUUGGUAUAUGAUAAAACUGAUGUUAGUAAAAAGCAUUAUGUUCUUUAGAUAAAGGCUUUAACUGUAGAUCGGGUUUUGUAGACUUUGCUUUAUAUUGCGACUUGCAUAAGUCUAUGUUGCAUAGUAAAGAUGUUGCAAAUGCAGAUCUGCUCACUUGUACCCGUUCACAGCUCUGACAUUUGGAUGUGUGUAACCAAGCUCCGGUAUCUAUGCAACGUCAUAUCCUUUUAUUCCCAAGUAUGGCGUCAAGCACCAACCAAUUAAUCAAUCAAUCAAUCAAAAAAUCAGUCUCUGUUUUUGUUGUUACAUCUGUCCUUGAUUAGUCAGACACUAUGCUCAGCCAAGUUGCUCCAUAUUUCUGUAUACCAUUGAUUUAAUCCUUGUUAAGCCAUUUUCCCUCUUCUGAAUGUUUGCUCCUUUUCCCCAUCUUCUCGGUGUUUGCCCAUUUAUCUUUUUUGUCAGUGUGUACGCUUUUACUACUCUUCUCAGUGUUUAACUGUUUUACCUCUUCUCAGUGUAUUCUAAUCUAUAGUCCCAUGCAUCACCCUGGUUUUUAUCUAACUUACAGUUAAUGAAUGUGCAUUCGUUUGAAUAAGUGGUAAUACUUUUAAGUUGUAAAACUGGAUUUUAAUUAUCGGGGUAAUAAUAAAAAGUCUUUUUGAAUAGUUAGUAAGUUUGUGAACAGCAACCAAUUUGUAUUCACCGAGAUAUAUUUAACUUGGCAUUGCUUUGAACGAAUAGUCUCAAGAACCCUGUUGUAUUCACUUCAGGAAGUGUUGCAGUUGACAUUUGUGACGAUGUAUACAGAUAAGCCUACCAUAUCCAUACAUGCUUUACUCUAGCAUUUCCAUUAACCAAAUAUUUAUCCAAAUCCAGUUGUAUUCUAUAUUAUAAUCAUUUUGAUCUGUUUAUUUUCAUUUUGUCUCAUUUUAGCAGAUUAUCUUUGUACCUCAUAAAGUACGCAAGCCAAAAGAAUUUCACGUCAUGUAGACAUCCAUUUUGCAUAUUCCCUUGAAAAUAAGGUAUUAAUAUUUAGUUAGUUUUGUAGUUUUUUUUUUCUUUUUUGUAUAAACUUAUAGACAUGCUUUCAAGGCAUCUGUGAUAUUAUUUGUAUUUUUUUCCCUCAUCUGAUAACCAAUAUUAUGUACCAAAAACCUUUAUGGUUCAUUUAUGUAUUAUCUUUGGAUACACUCUUUUUUUGCUUUCUUGGAAGUUAUCAUUAACCUGUUUAUAUUUUUUAUUUUUCUUAAACACAACUUUUGUUUAUUCUUGCCUUUAAUAGUGUUGAUGACAUAUUACAAAACAUACCACACAAUAAGCGCUUGCUAUUAAUCAAAGAAUUGUUGUAAAAUAAAUGAGUGUAAGGCCCGUAUAAUGCAAUCUGUACAAAGAAGUGUAACGCCAACACUAUUAGCUGCUGGUUUUUUGCAUUAUAUUGUGUUGUUAUUUGCGAGAAGGCAUUAUAAGGAUGUUUAUUAUUUGUUGAAAUUCAUUACGAUCUCCAAAUGUAGAUCAUAGUUUAUAUGUAUGAGAUUAAUUAUGAUAAUUUGAAAUGUGAGAAUUGAUGAAUACAUUUGUGUAAGUUCAUAAACAAGUUCUUUUUUUUUUCUUCUCCUGAAAGUAAAAGGUUUGUCACACACGUAUGGUGCAUAUUAAAGUACGCAUAUAAAAUUGAUAGCAGCUGCAUAAAUGUUUACCUCUCCUGAAAAUUGUUAGUGGCAGAGAUUCUAAUUAUUUUUAGUGUUCAUUAAACUGAUAUACAUUUAACAUAGUUGUGGAUGUCCGGGGAAAGGUAAAUGUAGAUCUAAUCUGGAAUGUCUACAACUAAUCUAAAAU